AUGCGCCUUUCGCUAACAAACUCGGCGACGAGAUCGCCCUCGUCUGUGGGUAUAAGCAACGCGGAUCCACCGGUCCGAAACGCUAACAGUCCUCGAAACUGGCGUUGGAAGUCGGAACGACCAGAAACAACGCGUACAGGGAGCUCGAAAGACGCUUUGGAAAUAGACGGAGAUCGAGGAGGCGAUCCUCUGCUCCGGUUGGCAUCCGCCCGCUACUCGACUUCUUGUUUCAUUCAACUAACCGCCUACUUAAUUAAAACGGCAUUAAGACAGAGUCUCGGUGUUUGGAAUAUGGAUCGUAAAAUGUUUUUCGCAUUGAUGCUAUACAUUUUGGGGACUGUUUGUCCACCAUCUUCGACGGGUGCACCGGAGCCUCCAUAUGACCCAAGGAUUGCGCUUGUAGAAAACGGCAGUCUCACGGAAAACUGGAGCGAUAUUUUGCCGCAGUCUACGGAAAACGUAGAUUUGAGCGGUCUGGGUAUAGCAACAGUGGAGCUGAACACGUUCGCAAAAUUCGAUGAAUUGCACGCCAUCAAUUUAUCUUCGAAUGAAUUAUCGUCAGCGAGUGACAUAGCAUUCGCAGUUCAGCGCGUAAAGCCGCUGACUUUGGACUUGUCCCACAACUACUUAGGCCUCACGAUGUACAAAGAGAACACGCUGCUUCUAUUCGACGCGAUCAAGUACUUUUGGUCCGUCAACUUGUCGCACAAUAGCAUACAUGGACUGGAGAUCGACUUUGACAUAGUUCACCUGAAUUUGUCGAACAACGAGAUAAAGUGCCACAACAAAAUUAAACGAAAUCGUUUUCACAGCGAUGAAAUAUACGUUGCGACUUUAGACCUUUCUCAUAACUUGAUCAAUUGUCAGUCAAGUCUAUUAUCAGUGCACAUCAGCAAGCUCGACAUGUCGUACAACAAACUCGAUGGCAUAGGACCGGAACUUUUCAAGGAACUGAGAGGCUUGGUCGAACUAAAUCUUAGUCACAACAGCAUUCGAUAUAUUCAUCCACGUGCCCUCGUGAACAAAAUAUACCUGACCAAGUUGAAUUUACACUCGAAUCAUUUGAGAAACAUCUACAGUGUAGUUUUCCGUUCAACUUUCAGUUUAAUAUUUGUUGAUUUGUCAGGAAACAGGCUGACCUACGCGAAUUGGUGCGACAUUUACUCACCACUUGAAAAUACGUCAUCCCCGGAAGUCGGGGUUUACGUUAUUGAUGACAGCGAUAAGCGAUAUCAGUUUAUGACCAAAGAUAUAAAUUAAUAACAUACUGAACUUCGAAUUUUUAAUUGCCCAAAAAGAACA